AAAUGUUUUACUUUUCAUUUCAUUGCAAGCCGUUUUCUGUUAUAGUAGAAAACAAGACUAUAAAAAACUUUUAAAAUAAAAUAUGUACUUUUUAUAAUAAUUAAAUUUUUGUCUUAAGAAGCGAAACGGCUUUUUAAAAAAGACUAAUAUUCUGACCAAAUAGGACAAGAAAGUCUUCAAAAAUGGCCAGCAAAAAGUUUACUGACAUCAAUCUGUAUGAUCUAUUGGGUAUUUCCUUAGAGGCUGAUCAAAAUGAGAUACGUAAGGCGUACCGUAAAAAAGCCCUUGAUUGCCAUCCCGACAAAAAUCCGGAUAAUCCCAAGGCGGUCGAGCGAUUCCACGAGUUAUCCAAGGCGCUAGAAAUCCUCUCGGAUGAAUCCGCUCGAGCUGCGUACGACAAAGUGCUGAAGGCCAAAAAGGCUGCAGAACUAAGAAGUCGCCAGUUGGACGGAAAGCGGCAGAAACUCAAGCAGGAACUGGAAGAGCGUGAGAGAGCAGCCUUGCAUAAACUAGCUAAGAGUCAACCAUACAGUACGGUGGCCAAAAGCGACGAGGAGAUUCUCCAGGAGCAGAUUGAGCGGUUGCGCCGGGAGGGAUCCCGACUCCUGGAGGAAGAGCAACGGGCUAUGCAGGAGCAAUUCCUGCGCAAUCACGCUGAGAAGCAAAGAGUCCUGCAACAGCCGGCCAAGUUCGACUCCGCCCAGCAUCGCAUCAAGAUGAAGUGGAAGGCAGAGCCUGGCCAGGACUACACGCAGGAACAGCUGCUCAAGUACCUAAAGAAGUAUGGCGACGUGGUGGCGCUUGUGGUCAACAGCAAGAAACGCGGACGUGCAAUGGUGGAGCUGGCCACCCGGGAAGCAUGUGACAUGGUGUUGGCCUACGAAAAGGGCGAUCCCGCCAAGCCACUGCAUUUCGAAUGGGUAAAGCCGCCGGCAGACGAAAAGCAACAAUGUAAAGGAUCUACCGUUGGAAGCACUGCAUCAUCUACGGACUACGAAGAUCUGGUCAUGCGAAAGAUGCGUCAGGCCGAGGAACGAAAGAAACUUAUCGAACAGAUGAUGAAGGACGAAGAAGCCGAUAAUUAAACUCUAAAAUAAAUUAGAUAGUUUUAAUUACA